AUGUACCGGCUCGGUCAUGGAACCAGCCAGGACUACUCCAAUGCCAUAUACUGGUACCAGAAGGUGACCACGGAACUGUCCGAUAUUCUCGCGGCAGAUCCGCGACUGCCCUCGGCACAGCGGAACAAGACUUCGGUUGCCCGGUCCUUCAACAGCCUUGGGGCGAUGUACGCCUCUGGGUGGGGCGUGCAGAAAAACCGGAUCCUGGGACUGACUG